AUGGCCGGCACCGAAGAUAGUUUGCCGAUACCAGUCACAAACGGAUUAACAUCAUCAAGGUCCAUAAAUGAAAGUAUUAGCAAUAACUCUCAGAGAACUCAAUCUUUUCUAAAUAAUGUAUCAGAUAAUGUCAAUGAAGACGAUGAAUCGUGGCUAUAUGGAGGCAAUGGUCCUUCAAAAAUUAAAAUUGAAGAUGUUGGAGAUAGCGCAUUGGCACCGUCGACUGAUGAGGAUACAACAGAUGAAAUGAAUUCACGAAAAAAAAGCGUUGUAUUAAUGACAGAUGACAAUGUAAUGGACUCAGAUGAUGAUGAUGAUCAAAUAGAAGUAAUGAUUAGAGAUUUUAAAUCGCCGUCAAUUUAUCAAACACCAAAACAGAACCGAACAUCCAUGGGUGCUGGCUUAGGUGGAAAACUGCCUAUAAAGGGUGUUGACCUGGAUGCUCAAGGACAAAUCAAUGGAAUACCUACAUUUGAACAUGAUUUAUCGGCUACAUUCAAAGACGAUGAAAAACCAUGGAAAAAACCUGGUGCUGAUAUAACUGAUUAUUUUAACUAUGGUUUUACUGAGGAUACGUGGGGACAAUAUUGUGAUCGACAACGACGACUAAGAGCAGAAAAUAAUUUGGCUAGAAUUAAUGCAACAUCAAACAUUCAACAUAUUCCACAAAUUGGCGGACAAAUCGGGACACUUGUUAAUAAACAAAUAAGACCAUUUGUUCAAAUGAAAAAACAAAUGGGCACAAUUGACGUUAUUGGAGCUACUGAUCAAACAUCACGCCGUCCAACAUUUGAAACUGGCUAUGAUCACGCUCCAAUGCAGUUUAUGAAUGGACCACAGUAUCGACCAGCGCAUAAUGUACCCACGCCUCAUCCUACUCCAACUGGUCCAAAUUCAUCUAUUCCUGAUUUAACGACACCGCCACCCGGCUUUAACGCAUCGCAAGCAAUGGCAAACGUUACGCCAAAUUCUAUUCAGCAGCAACAAUUGUCACAACAUGGUACACCACCUCAACAUCAUCAAAUUCCAACAUUAUCCGUUGGAGGACUACAUCGUUUACAAAUGCCUGGCAUGUCAAUGGGUCCACCAAUGCUUCGUCAUCCUCAAUUUGGUCCACCACCACAACAUCCGUUUUAUGGAGGACCAAUUUCUGGUGUUAUGCCACAUGAAAGACCUCCGGUGCCUGUUGAUGGUCCUUAUUUUAUUCCACGUCAUCAACAGCCAUGGGAACAAACUUUAUCUACAGCAACUGUUGGUUAUCAUUUUCCAUCAUCACACAAUCCAGCCAAUGUUGGUUUAAGAUCUUCACGUAGUGCAACGCCAGAAGAUCAUUCAUCGAGGAGUUCAACACCUGAGGAAAGUCGAGAAGAAAAGUCAAAAGAAGAUCGACAUAAAGAAAAAUAUAGCAGAGAUUAUGAUCGUGAUCGACGAUCGCCAAAAGACCGUUAUAGGCAUCGUGAAUAUGAACGAUCCGAAUAUGAACGUCCAAGAGAUGAUAGGGAUGAUGAACGACGAAGAAAAUCUAAAUCGCGAGAUAGAGAUGAAAAAUAUGAACGUUACCCUAGGAAACGGCAUUAUCGAGAAGAAUCACGACAUCAUGCUGAAGAUGAACGCUAUGAACGUACAUCGUCCAGUCACCGACACAGAAAUUCUCAAACAUCUCAUACUUCGACGUUUUCUUCUCCGCCCAAAAUCACCACGUCAACACCUUCAGAUAACAAUGAUGAACAACAACAAGCGUCUCAAUCGUCUUCGCGGCAUUCAAAAGGAGACGAACGUGAUCGAAAGCAUAAAAAGUCAUCAAAACGAUCUAGGCAUGACAGUGAAGAACAUGAACGCGACCGAGAAAAAGACAGGGGAGAACGGUCAGGUGGCCGUUCAAAAGAUGAAAACCGGAAAAUAUCAUCGUCUACUGCUGCUCCCACAACUCAAGCAUUAUCUUCGAACACGCAGCUAACAGAUACAGCAGCAACAACGGCGUCGAACGACAUUACAAUACAAUCGAAAGAAAAUGAUUAG